CACACUCUGAACAGAAAAAGUGAAGGUGAAGCUUUCUCAUCCACACCUCUGCUGCACGCACACGUCGCUAUUUUGGGAAAGGAACACUUUCUCUCCAAACCGCUUCCGUAAAAGCUACUACUACUACGCCACUACGACUACUACCCCUGCCAAUUUCAAAGAGCUAGGGUUUUCAGUUUUCUUCACACUGUGCAGUAAUGGGGGUUGUAGAUUUAUGAACUGUUAAAGUUGUGGAGGAGAGAGAAAUUGAGCUUGAAAAUGGCGGUGGAGUAUACAUGUUGUCAGACGCAGUUCUUCGUCAAUAUAGGAAUUAUCGCUUUCCUGGUGAUUUUUGCUGGUUUGAUGUCUGGACUUACUCUAGGGCUCAUGUCGAUGAGUCUUGUUGAUCUCGAAGUUCUCGCUAAGUCUGGCACUCCAAAAGAUCGUAAACAUGCUGAGAAGAUAUUGCCUGUUGUUCGAAAUCAACAUCUACUGUUAUGUACACUGCUUAUCUGCAACGCUGCGUCUAUGGAGGCACUUCCAAUUUUUCUUGAUAGUUUGGUUACAGCCUGGGGUGCCAUCCUAAUUUCUGUUACUUUGAUACUUCUGUUUGGUGAGAUUAUACCGCAAUCAGUUUGUUCACGACAUGGUUUAGCAAUUGGUGCUACUGUAGCGCCGUUUGUUCGUGUUCUUGUUUGGAUUUGCUUCCCUGUUGCUUAUCCUAUAAGCAAGCUACUAGACUAUCUUCUAGGGCAUGGACAUGUAGCUCUUUUCCGAAGAGCUGAAUUGAAGACACUUGUUGAUUUUCAUGGAAAUGAGGCUGGCAAAGGUGGAGAAUUAACACAUGAUGAAACUACUAUUAUUGCUGGAGCACUACAACUGACCGAGAAAACAGCUGGUGAUGCAAUGACUCCUAUAUCUGAGACGUUUGCAAUUGAUAUCAAUGCGACAUUAGAUAGGGUCACGAUGAACUUAAUUUUGGAUAAUGGCCAUAGCCGGAUUCCAGUAUAUUAUGAGCAGCCAACUAACAUCAUUGGACUGGUUCUGGUGAAAAAUCUCUUAACAAUUGAUCCAGAAGAUGAAAUCCCUUUAAAGAGUGUAACAAUUCGCAAAGUUCCAAGGGUACCUGAAACAUUGCCAUUAUAUGACAUACUGAAUGAGUUUCAGAAAGGUCACAGCCAUAUGGCGGUAGUUGUAAGGCAGUUGAAAGAACCGGAGGUGCAACUUGCCAAUGGGAAUCCAGCAGGCGAUUCAGUGCAAGAGGUAAAGGUAGUUAUCGAGGGGGGUGAUUCUGAGCAACAGAGGACUCUAGAGGAGAAGAAUCUUAAACACAAGAGAAACUUCUACAAGUGGAAGAGUUUCCCAAACAGUAACAAAUCAAACAAGGGAUACAGGACCAAGAAAUGGAAUAAGGAUAUUUAUUCAGACAUCUUAGAGGUUGAGCAGCCUUUGCCAAAGCCUGAUGAAGAAGAAGCAAUUGGGCUUAUCACUUUGGAAGAUAUCAUUGAAGAGCUACUACAGGAGGAGAUUUAUGAUGAGACCGACCAUCAUCUCGAAGAUUCAUGACACUCAACUUUACUAGUGAAUAUUUCGAAAGUAGUUCAUAUAACCAUAAUCACUCUUUUAGAGAGGGAUUAAGUUCCAGCAUUUUGUCAAUCAGAAGCUAGGCUAGGCUAGGCGGCCUGAGGUUGGAAUAUAUGAUAUGCCAUCAUCCAUUUAGGUACUUUGUUUAGUGAAUGUGUUGUAAAUGUAAGCUAACUGUUGCUGAUGAUGGUUCGAGGUGAAUGCAGUAAUCUGUAAAAAUCUAUAAGCGGAAGUCACAAAGCUGUUUUUAGGACAAAUAAGUCUCUUUUGUGCAGUUUCAACAUCA